GGGACUUCUCUGGCAGCCAGUUGGUUGGAUGCUGUAGUGAGUAGAGAUCACGCCCACUUCACUGUCUCUGCCGUGUGUUGGCUUUCUCACUGCUCUCACCGAGUUUAUGUGGUAACACCAUAGACAGUAUAGGGGAUGGAGUAAAGGAAGGAAGGCAUGGAUCCAAUUGAAGAGAAAACAAGCAAAACGGUCGACAUUUAUCGCGAUACAUGGGUCCGCUUCCUAGGCUAUGCCAAUGAAGUCGGGGAGGCUUUUCGUGCUCUGGUACCAGUGAGUUUGGUAUGGGGCAGCUAUGCUGUGGCCUCUAUGUACGUUACUGCUGAUGCUGUGGACAAAGGGAAGAAAGCAGCUCUGGCCCACGGGGACAACCCAGGGAAGACAACACGAGUAGCGGUGGCAGUGGUGGACACGUUUGUGUGGCAGGCCCUCGCCUCUGUGAUCAUCCCGGGCUUCACCAUUAACCGUGUAUGUGCUGCGUCACUACACCUGCUGGGCAGAACCACCAAGUGGCCCCUGCCCGUCCGCAAGUGGACCACUACAGCUAUAGGCCUCUCUACAAUCCCCUUCAUUAUUUCUCCUAUAGACAGGUCAGUGGAUUUCCUGCUUGACUCGAGCCUUCGGAAGGUCUACAAUGAGGAGGAGAAGCACAAAUAAGGAUGCAUCGUGCAGAACAAAUGGCCCCCUCCUGGGUAGAGACCAGUUCAGUCUACGUCGACCUGUGCUGGUUAUCCACCACUGUGAAGCACUAGUGUGAAGAAGAAUUUCAUGGGGCAGACUCCACAGUUAUUCAAAUAUGUAAAAAAAAAAAAUGUAUUAACAUUUAUAUAAGUAAGUGAAGUUGUUCCUGCUUCAUGAAAUAUCCCCUUAGGGAUCCUUAAUUUCAACCUCUUAGGGCAAUCUGGAUAGUGACACCAACAUUUUUUAAAACAGAAAUGUAAUGGUAUGAAAUAUGUAUAAAUAUUCAGUGAGAAUCUGCUUCUUGAGCUUACCUCAUGUCCACAUGUCAAGGAGAUUAAAUACAAAUCCACACUUGCUGUGAUUAUUAGCCACAGUGGUACUGUUAUUACAAGCCAAAAAAGCCAGUUUGCCAUAAUGUCCCUCUUAUUCAUUACAUACUUAAAGUUAGUCUUUGACUGUUUUUUGUUUUUUUCUGAAAACAAAGUUUAAUGCUACUUUUGAAUAGUCCUUUGAUGGACUUUUUCAUUGUUUCAUAUUACUUUACUGUUGUUCAAGGUUUGCACUGGGAGCCUUUUUUACACCAUGGUUACAAUCUAUAUUAUUCUAAAUGGUAUAAGGUUCUUUUAAACUAAGAAUACUUGUAGUACCAUCAAAUAGAUCUUCACAAGUAUUUGAAUUAUUUCUCACCAAUAUCUACAUACCAGUUUUAUACAUGUGUAACUAAGUUAAAACUGUUUUGAAAUAUUAUACUCCUCCAAACAAGCUUUUAGUUUUGGGUGUACAAUUUAAACAGGAUUUCCAUCCGGAGAUUCCCAUCAAGUACAUGUACAUUCAAUUUAGUGUUGAACUUCUCAAAUACUUGUGGAGGUCAGUGUCAUACCUAUGCAGAAACGGGUUCUUUUACAGAUACUGUACAUCUGUAUAAUUUCUUAUGCAUUUCUUUGAGGAGCCAAGUCAUAUAUUGUACUUAUAUAAUCACGUCAUUAUUCUGAUGGGAUUACAUUUCACUGGGGUUGUACCUCAUACAAUACAGAUUCAUUGAUUGAUAUACUGUAUCUCAUGCUGAACUAUGCAAGGGAAACUCGGGAAUGUGUACAUUCGCAAAAGACAGGGAUUGUUCUCCUGCUGUUGUGAAAUAAGAAGGGAAAUCUGAUACAAAAUUUAGCUUGAAAUUAGACAGAGGAACAUGCUGUAUUGGUAAUGGUUAUCAUUGCCAAUUUAUAUAUAUAUAUAUAUAUAUAUAUAUAUAUAUAUAUAUAUAUAUAUAUAUAUACACACACACAGUGUACCUUUCUAGCAAUAAUUUUUGUUUAAUGUGUCAAUCCAUAUUCUUUGUGGUUCACUUUGUCAUGGAGAGUUAUGCUGAAAGACAAGAUUGUUAAAACUUGGGGUGCACCAAUUAUGUUUUUACUUAUACUUAUGUUUUAUACUUACUUUUACUUAUACUUAUGUUUUUAUGAUACAACCAGAUCAUGUCAAAGUGCACAAUGUUUUUUUUGUUGGCAUUUUAAAAGAUUGAAAAACAUGUGCUCAAGGCUCCAGUGUGUGCAGUGUGGGAUGUUUUCAUUCACUUAAGCACAAAGCUUACUUUUACCUUGGGUAUGGGUCCAAAAUGUUCUUUUUCGUCCAUCAGCCAAAUGGCUAGUGAAUGUUAAAAUUUUACCAGUCACUCAAUAGAUUACCAUUGUUUUUUGGCUGAGUGAAGCAAAUCUACCAGCCACUUGCAUAUUUUACCAGCAUUUAGCUAGUAGGUGAUAGUGCUAAUUUUGGAUGCUGGGUAUGGAUCUUUUUAUUGUCAGGCAAUUUGACUUUUCAUAGCAGGGAAAGUACAAGUGUAAGUAAGGCCCAUACUUUCUUUAAGUGUCCCAGUAAGCCAGUGAUUAAGUGUGCAUUGUAACAUGGCCCUGGAACUGGGCUUUAAUAAGCAUAUUGGUGCACCCCUUGUGAAAAUCUAUUCAUAUUCAAUUUUACCAUUUCAGAUUGUACACAGAACAUCUUUGGAUUUUUAUUGUUGCAUGCUCCAAAUAAAAAGGGUUUACUUUUUUUCUGUGAAAGUCUUCAAUGUUUUCUUAUGUGGUGGUGGUGUGUUCGGAAGUGGGUUUUGUGAGACAUUUUCAGCCUUGGCUGAAAAAAAAGAGCUCAAACCUCAAACUUUGUGCUAUGGUUCACAAUGUGGAUAAUAUUUGAUCAAAUAUGAAAGCCAUAGACACCCAAUAUUCAGCCGUCGUCCUCUGUGUGAUGUGUGAUCUUAUAAACAUAAGUUUCAAAUAC